GCCAUGCUGAUCUACGCGCUGCUGCUCCUUCGGCUUUCCGAGGCCACAGUGGCAGCUCAGAGCCUAAGGCGCCCAUCAGUACCAACGCCAAGGGAGCCUGAGCCAGUGGAAGGGCCCACGAUUGUUGGAGAUGGUCCGGAAGUGGUUGUUGACUCUGGAAAUCAUUCACUAACUGUGGAGAACAUCAUCUCUUGCCGCUUUGGCGUGCUUUGCCACGGUGAGGGUGCUACAGUGAAUGGCACACCACCCAUAUGCAAUGGCAGUCUGGUGUGUAGCUCGGAGCGCCUUCCUGCCGACGAUCACAGGGCCGAGAGUUAUGUGCAGAUGAUGGAUGCCGCCAACACCACAGUUGCGGUCGGGAACCUGCUUGUCUGCCGGUACGGGAGCUACUGCCGCGGUGGUUGGUGGUGGUAUGAUGGCCGGCGAGAGUGCCGAGGAGGUGUUGUGUGCCGCCGCGGCCCAUACUACCUGGACAAGCUGGAUACGGACACAAAUGCCGGAGGUCAAAGUGCAGCAGAAGCAGUCAGUGCAGUGCCAACCAAUUACACGACCAUGCAGACUGGGGGCGCAAGCAAUGAGACUGAGCUUAUGGCUUGCCGCUACGGCUCCUACUGCCGUGGUGGCUGGUGGUUUCACCAUGGGCACCGAGAGUGCAGGGGUGGCAUCGUCUGCCGAUCCGGACCCCGAUGGCAUGGCGGCGGCUGGCAUGGCGGCGGCUGGCAUGGUGGCGGAGGCGGUGGAGGCUGCUGUCCCUGCAGGUAA